CGCCAUUUUUUGAGGCAUAUUAUAAGUUAAUGAUUAUUUGGAUAAAAGUAUAUUUCAUUUGAAUAUUUGUUUAAUUCAUAGAGUAUUAAUGAGGUUAAAAGUAAUGAAGUAAUUCAUAGUCAUUACAUUACAUUGAUGUUACCAUGUGUGAACGCUAGAGGGUACAAUAUCAUUGUAUGCACUUGAACUGUAGAAGAAGGGCCGGUGUUUUUUCUUUUCAAUAAAGAUGGACGGCGGAGCAACACGGUCGUUUUACCGUGUGCGACGACGUCUAGUUGUCCAACGCGUAAAACAGUCUACCGUCCAUUCAUUUUUAGAAGUGGUUAUAUUAAGAAGCAUAUGGAGCUACUAGAAAUCAAAGAAUAGCCAUUACAUUAAGUAAAACGACCUCGCUCAGCAAGAGAAGGAGCCCUUCGCCAUGGAACUUCAAUGGAGAAAGGACUGCAGCAUGGUAACUAGCGAAAAUAAGCCAAAAGAAGAAAUAUAAGACAGCCAGGAAGUUGUAGUCUUCGCCAGAUGGCACUCAAGUAGAAAGCAAUGCACGCUUUGUGUCAUAGACUACUUUAUUAGAGCUUUUGUUGAAUAUUUCGGCGUAACAUAAAGCAAGAUGGCGGAUGACGAGACGCUAGAGACCAGGCAGAAGGAAAACACCUGCAGUACCGGCGAUGGUCACAAGAGGGCACCAAAGUACACUGAAAAAGGACUGGAAGAGCACUUGCACAGACAAAUGAAUGUAAGAAGAACUAAACUUUCUCAACUGACUGCAAAAACGAACAAAAUAAAUGCUUUAAUGAAAGACAAUGAAGAUCCAGACACUGUUGAUGACCAUUUAAAUGAGUGCUCUAAACUUUUGAAUGACUUUGAUAAAGCAAAUGAAGAUGUGCUGCGACUGUUGUCACCAGAUGAGAAAGAAGCUGAUCAAACAUAUUGGUUCCUGCCUAAAAGGGAACAUUUCAGCAAUUUUAUGGUCGAUGUUGAGAAAUGGACCAUUUCAGCGAGACAACAGCAACAGGACGACGUGGGUCCAGACGACAGCGUGUCGAUAGCAACUGCACCGAAGAAAAGGCCACCGAGUUCCUGCAUCUCCGAGGGAAGGAUCAGCAGCUGCUCGGCCAGAUCCAAGGCUUCAUCCACAUCAUCAGUACGCCACAAGGAACAAGCGGAAAGAGCUGCUUUACUUGCUAAGGCAGCAUCACUGAAAGCAAAACAAGCUUUGGAAAUGGAAGAGCUAAAGCUAAAGGCAAAGAAGGAGCAGCUUGAAAUCGAGACGGCCAUUGCUGCUUCUACAGCAAAAAUAAAGGUAUUGGAAGAGUGUGAGUACGAACAAUGUGAGAAUACGAGUACGACUCAUCGUGAACCUACCACAUUCAGUAGUUACCAGCAACCCAGUUUGCCCCUAGUUGUAACUAAUGAACAGUUAAACACUCAAAUCAUUACCAGACCACAGCUAAAUGUUAAACAAGAGAACCCUACCCAACAAGUGGAAAGUGACACUAGUGUUAAUCUGUGUGAAGUAAUGCUGAAACAAAAUGACAUCACUGAGUUGUUAGUUAAGCAGCAAAGACUCUCAAAUUUACCGCAGAGAGAUGUUCCCAUCUUUAGUGGUGAUCCUUUAGAGUUCAAACUCUUUCUUAGAGCCUUUGAACACACCAUCAGUGAUAAAACUGACAACGACAGUGACCGAAUAUACUAUCUUGAGCAGUUUACUCGUGGUGAACCGAGAGACUUAGUCAGAAGUUGCCAACACAUGAGCCCUCAGCAGGGAUACAAAGAGGCAAUGAAACUUUUGCAGUAUCACUAUGGCAAUGAGAUAAAGAUAGCGACAGCUUACCUGAACAGAGCCGUUAAUUGGCCUCAGGUAAAGGCAGAUGAUGCCAAAGCCCUUCACAGUUACUCCUUGUUUCUCACUGGUUGUAACAAUGCUAUGCAGGACAUUAACCAACUUGAGGAGUUAGACAACCCCACCAAUCUAAGAGUUAUGGUUUCCAAGCUACCUCAUAGGAUGAGAGAAAUGUGGAGAGUGUCUGCUUUUGAUAUUCAGGAAACAUCUGGCAGGAGAGCUAGAUUUUCAGAUUUGGUUAGAUUCCUGAACAGACAAGCUAAGAUAGCAUCAGAUCCGUUAUUUGGGGAUAUUAAAGAUGCUAAUGACAAAGGCAAGCAAUACUUGAAAACGAACAAACCAUUUAGACCAAAGGGCAGUGCAUUUGCUACCAGCGUAGCCCUUGCCACAAAGGAAAGGUUGCCAGAUAGCAAUAAAGGCAACUUACGCCAAACUAUUGAAGCAUUUAAAAGACCUUGCACAUAUUGUGAGAAAGGCCACACACUAGCUGAAUGUCAAAAAAUCAGAAAACUGCCUCACAAAGAGAGAGUAGAGUUCCUUAAGGGAAAAGGACUAUGUUUUUCAUGCCUAAAUCAGGGACAUUUAAGUAAAGACUGUAAGAAACGAAUCCAAUGUGACUACUGUCCUAAAAGACAUCCAAGCAUGCUUCAUUAUGCUAAGGCAGAGGAUGAAACAGUAGAACACAAAGCUAACAAUGACAUCGAAAAUGCUGAUACUGAAGUCCCCAGCCCUAUCCCUAUUACAGGCGGAACUUGUGGUGCUACCGGGGCCGGUAAUAACAGUUGUGUCUUGGCUAUUGUCCCAGUUCAUGUUAAGCUAAAGAAAAACAACAAAACAGUCAAGACUUAUGCGUUUUUGGACAAUGGUAGCGAAGCAACAUUUUGCUCUGAGAAACUAAUGAGACAGCUUGGCACAGAAGGCAAGAAAACUCAGAUUCUUCUCCGCACAAUGGGUCAGAAAAAGUUAGAGCCAAGUUACUUAGUUUCAGGCUUAGAAGUUUGUGGUGUGAAAGAAAAUGUCUAUGUAGACUUACCUGAUGCUUACACGCAUAGAGACAUUCCAGUGACGAAAGAUAGCAUUCCUGUGCAAAGAGAUUUAGAAAAGUGGCCAUACCUGCAUGGAGUAGAGCUUCCUGAAAUAGAUGCAGAGGUUGGACUUUUGAUAGGGUCAAAUGCUCACAAGGCAAUGGAGCCAUGGGAAAUUAUCCAUAGUGUAGACAAUGGUCCUUAUGCUGUCCGCACGAUCCUUGGCUGGGUCAUCAAUGGACCACUGAAAGGAAAAGACUUUGAAAAUGAGCAAAGUGCUUCUGUAAAUCGCAUCUCAAUGUCAGAAGUAGAAACAAUGUGUCUGCAGCAGUUUAAUCAUGACUUUCCAGAAAGGGCAUGUGAAGAGCGGCAUGAGAUGUCGCGAGAGGAUAUUCAGUUCAUGAACUCUGUCAAAGAGACUGUUAAAAAGGCUGAUGGGCAUCAUAGCAUAGGCCUACCACUUAGAAAUAAGUCAGUCACACUACCUAACAAUCGUACUCUAGUUUUGCAAAGAGCAGAAAACCUCAAAAGAAAGCUGCUUAAAAAUAGAGACUUUCACAAUGAGUACAAUGCAUUCAUGUCUGACCUACUGAACAAAGGCUACGCAGUACCUGUUCCUCAAGAACAGCUUGAUCGUAACGACGGGAGAGUAUGGUACAUACCCCAUCACGGUGUGUACCACCCGCAGAAAAGAAAACUCCGUGUAGUUUUUGAUUGUGCAGCAUCUUAUCAGGGCAAGUCACUGAACGCAGAACUUUUACAAGGUCCUGACUUAACUAACACACUAGUCGGAGUGUUGACUCGUUUUAGACAUGACCACGUUGCCUUAAUGUCAGACAUAGAGGCUAUGUAUCACCAGGUUCAGGUACCACCAGAAGACACUGAUCUGUUGCGCUUCCUCUGGUGGCCUGAAGGCGAUUUGAGCAAACCAUUGCAAGAGUUCAAGAUGACUGUACAUUUGUUCGGGGCAACAUCCUCACCUAGUUGCGCGAACUAUGCGUUAAAGAGAACAGCAGAGGAUGCCGCAGUUGAAGUGGCACCUAUGGCAGUUAGUGCAGUACUUGACAAUUUCUAUGUAGACGAUUGUCUCUUGUCAGUGUCAAAUGAAAGUGAGGCUUGCACCAUGGUUAAAGAAUUAACAGAGCUGUGUGCUAGUGGAGGUUUCCGUCUUACCAAGUGGAACAGUAAUAGCAGAGCUGUUCUAGCCUCCAUCCCUGAAACAGAAAGAGCAUCAGAGAUUAAAGCACUAGAUCUGUGUCAUGAUACACUACCAGAUGAACGAGUCUUAGGAGUUAACUGGUGCAUUGAGACAGACUCUUUCAAAAUCAAAAUCAAUGCAAAACCAAUGAUACAAACGAGAAGGGGCAUUUUGUCAUUCGUGAGUUCAAUAUAUGACCCCUUAGGUUUUUUGUCCCCAGUUAUUCUGCCAGCUAAAACGAUCUUGCAGGAGCUGUGUGGGAAGAAAUUCUCUUGGGACGAGGACAUUCCUGUAGACUUGACUCGGAAGUCACUGGUGUGGCUUUCGGACUUUAUGAAAUUACAAGGAUUCACAGUUGAUAGGUGUUUCAAACCAGAAAGUUUUGGAGCUGUAACAUCAGCACAACUGCAUCACUUCGCGGACGCGAGUGAAAAAGGUUACGGUGUGGUUACUUACCUUAGAGUCACUAAUGAGAAAGGUAAAGUCCACUGUUCGUUUGUAAUAGGCAAGUCAAGAGUAUCACCCUUGAAACAAACUACUAUUCCCAGAUUAGAGCUAACAGCGGCUGCUGUAGCAGUAAAAAUGGACAAACUAAUGACAAAUGAGCUAAAAAUGCCACUUGAAAAAUCCAUGUUCUGGACUGACAGUACCACAGUGUUGCGAUACAUCGCCAAUGACAGUGCCAGAUUUAAGACUUUUGUUGCGAAUAGAGUAUCGCUUAUCAGAGACCAUUCCAAUCCUAGUCAGUGGAAGUAUGUAAACACAGAGUUAAAUCCUGCUGACAGUGCAUCUAGGGGAAUGAAGGCAGGCGAGUUCAUUGCAAGUAAAUGCUGGAUUAAAGGACCAGACUUUCUAUCUAAAGAUGUUAAACAUUGGCCUGUCUCUCCAAUACACUCAAUGGACAUACAUAAUGAUGCAGAAGUAAAGGUGAUGAGUGUGAAUGUUGUUAGCACACAAACAAAUCCUCUUGUCAAGUUUAUUUCAUAUUACUCAGAUUGGCACAAGUUAAAAAGGGCUGUCGCCUGGAUGUUGAGGUUUAAACAGUUGCUUCAGAAGCUGUGUCAUGAGAGAAACACUUUGUCACAAGUCGACACAAACAUGCAAAAGACUGUAACUAAAAAUGAGUCUCAUCUAACAGUUGAAGAGCUAGAGAAUGCAGAAACAGAGAUCAUUAAGUUUAGUCAAAGUCAAACGUUUGGAGAUGAGAUUUUAACUUUACAAAAAGGAGGAAAGAUCAAAAGAACCAGCCAUAUUGUAAAGCUAGAUCCUGUGCUGGACAAUGGGGUCUUAAGAGUAGGUGGCAGGUUACAUAAGUCAGCUUUACCAUUCAAUGUGAAACAUCCAGUCAUACUUCAUCAAAACCACCAUGUGUCUAUUCUGAUUCUCAGACACAUUCACAAGCAAACAGGACAUAGUGGAAGAAACUUUAUGUUGUCAAAACUAAGGGAGAAAUACUGGAUUCCCAAAGCAGAUUCAGCUCUGAGGAAAAUACUGUCAAAAUGUGUUCAAUGCAGAAUGUUGUCAGGCAAACCUGGUGAACAGAGAAUGGCAAGUUUGCCACAGGAUCGCUUGGUUCCGGACAACCCCCCUUUCACUAAUGUUGGAAUAGACUAUUUUGGACCUUUCGAGAUUAAAUGUGGUCGUGGUUAUGUCAAACGCUAUGGUGUUUUGUUUACAUGUCUUACCACAAGAGCUAUACACAUAGAGGUUGCUCAUUCACUUGAAACAGACACUUGCAUUAACGCUUUUAGAAGGUUUGUAGCUAGGAGGGGCCAAGUUUCUGUUAUGAGGUCAGAUAAUGGUACGAAUCUAGUGGGGGCGGAGAAAGAAAUGCGUGAAGCAAUCAAAAAUUGGAAUCAGUCUAAAAUCUCAGACUCACUUCUUCAAAAAGGUGUCACAUGGAUAUUCAAUCCACCUGCAGGAUCUCACUUCGGUGGGAUUUGGGAAAGACAGAUACGUUCUGUUAGAAAGAUUCUGACACAGUUACUCAGACAACAGACUCUUGAUGAUGAGCGUCUCCACACUUUGUUUUGUGAAGUGGAGUCUAUUGUCAAUGAUCGUCCUAUUACCAGAGUGUCUAAUGAUGUAGGUGAUAUAGAGGCACUAACGCCUAAUCAUUUGCUUCUUAUGAAAAGACAACCAAUGUUGCCACCUGGACUGUUUCAAAAAGAGGACUUGUACUCAAAAAGGAGAUGGCGACAGGUCCAGUACUUGUCAGAUAUUUUUUGGAAACGUUGGUCCAAAGAGUAUCUACCACUUUUACAAGAGAGACAAAAAUGGUUAAAUGUGAAAAGAAAUCUGAAACCAGGAGAUGUUGUUCUUAUAGUAGACGACAGUGCUCCCAGAGGUUCAUGGUUAAUGGCAAAAGUUGAAAAAACCAUCUGUGAUGCUAAAGGUCUUGUAAGAAGGGUCUUAGUUAAGACUAAAAGUAGUGUUUUGGAAAGACCAGUAGACAAAUUGUGUCUUUUGCUUGAAAUGGAUGAGUAAUGUAUUUUUGUUUGAAGCCAUAAAAAUGUGUAAUAAGAGAUGCAUGUUUUGGUUUAUAAAAUGACUUUAAAUGUCGCUUUUUGUUAAGAGUGUAAUUGUUAUGCUCCAGCAGUAACAAUUAGGGGCCGGAAUGUAAGCGCCAUUUUUUGAGGCAUAUUAUAAGUUAAUGAUUAUUUGGAUAAAAGUAUAUUUCAUUUGAAUAUUUGUUUAAUUCAUAGAGUAUUAAUGAGGUUAAAAGUAAUGAAGUAAUUCAUAGUCAUUACAUUACAUUGAUGUUACCAUGUGUGAACGCUAGAGGGUACAAUAUCAUUGUAUGCACUUGAACUGUAGAAGAAGGGCCGGUGUUUUUUCUUUUCAAUAAAGAUGGACGGCGGAGCAACACGGUCGUUUUACCGUGUGCGACGACGUCUAGUUGUCCAACGCG